CCGGUUCCGGUCGCGGCGAGGACGGAAGCGGCGGCGGAGGGAUGUCGGGGGUGAAGCGGGGGGCGGGCGAGGGCGGGGGGGGCCCCCCCGAGAAGCGCCCCCCCCGCGAGGAGCAGCCGCCCCCCACCACCCUCAUCGAACCCCUGCGCCUCGGCGGCAUCUCCUCCACGGAGGAGAUGGACCUGAAGGUUCUGCAGUUCAAGAACAAGAAGUUGGCGGAGCGGUUGGAGCAGCGCCAGGCGUGCGAAGACGAACUACGGGAGCGCAUCGAGAAGCUCGAGAAGCGUCAGGCGACCGACGACGCCACUCUGCUCCUCGUCAACCGCUUCUGGGCGCAGCUGGAUGCGGAGGUUCAGGCUCUGCUGCGUCGCUACGAGGGCGAAGGGGGGGCUCCCCCUGCCCCCUCCCCAUUUCCUGGGGACCCCCCCGAACCCCAACCCGAGGGAUCCGACCCCCUCUCCGACCCACUGGGGGACCCCGAGGGAACCGAACGGAGGGAAGCCUGGGGUCCCCCACUUGUGGGGCGGCUGUGGGGCGCCGCCGGCUCCUUCGUGGCGGCGCUGAGCCCCGGGGCCGAGGCCGAGCCGCGCCCCACGCUCGCCUUCGCCCCACGCGCCGUCGCCCGUCUCGUCGAGGGGUUGGCGUCCGCUCACCGCCGCGCGCAGGACUUGGGGGGCCGCCUCGCCGCCAGGGGGGAGCUGUCGGAGCCGGGACGGGCGCUGCUCCGGGAGCUCCUCCGCGACCAUCGGCGCCUUCACGAGCUCAGCCUCCAACUGCACGAGAAGCACCACCGCGCCGCCCUCGAGUUGGCGGAACUUCAGGACAAAGCCACAUCGGCCGAAACCAAAGUCUUGGAGAUGGGAACGACUCUGGAGGGGCUCCAAUGGGACCGCGAGAAACUGCGCAAACGCCAACAGCGCCUCCACCGCCACUUAGCGGAGGCCCUCGAGCAGCUGAACUCAGGCUCCUACGGCUCCGGAAGUUCCGGAGGGUUCCAGGGGGGACAAAUCACACUCAGUAUGCAGAAGUUUGAGAUGCUCAACGCGGAGCUGGAGGGGAACCAGGAAUUGGCCAACAGCCGUAUGGCCGAGCUGGAGAAGCUCCAGCAGGAGCUCCAACAGGCCGUGCGCGGGCACGAGCGCCUCAAGGUGGCUUUGCGUUCGCUGCCCGAAGAGGCCGUGAAGGAGACGUUGGAGUACAAAGUCCUUCAGUCGCAGUUCUCGUUGCUCUACCACGAGAGCCUCCAAGUCAAGACCCAACUGGACGAGGCCCGAGCCCUCCUCUUGGCCACCAAGAACAGCCACUUGAGGCACAUCGAACACAUGGAGAGCGACGAACUGGGGGUUCAGAAGCGCCUCCGGACGGAGGUCAUUCAGUUGGAGGACACUCUGGCGCAGGUGCGGAAGGAGUACGAGAUGCUGCGCAUCGAGUUCGAGCAGAACCUGGCGGCCAACGAGCAGGCGGGUCCCAUCAACCGGGAGAUGCGCCACCUCAUCUCCAGCCUCCAGAACCACAACCACCAACUCAAAGGCGACGUCCAACGCUACAAGCGGAAGCUGCGGGAGGUCCAGGCUGAGAUCAACAAGCUCCGCCUCCAGGCGAGUGGGGCCCCUCCCACCCCGGGCACUGCGCCGCCCCCUCCUCCCCCCCCAACCACCACCUCUGCCCCCCCCGAAGACCCUCCCCCCGCGGGAGUCUCGGCCGCAGCUCCUCCGAUCUCCAUUAAAGAAGAAGAAGGUUCCGCUCCUCCAAAUCCAACCCCUCCGGAACCUAAACGAGAGGCGCCCCCUACACCCCCCGAACCCCCCCGGCGCCCCAUUGAGGAAGAGGAGACCCCCACUACCACCGCCGCCGCCGCCAUCAUCCCCCCUCCGGUUGCCCCUCCGCAACCGCCUCCUCGCAUCAAAGAGCCCCCCCCGCCGGCUCCGUCGCGGGCUUCGAGGGGGGGAGGCGGUGGCGGCGGCGAACGGGAGCGCCCGCGGGAGCGCGAACGCCCCAAAGGAACCCCCGAGGAAGGGAAGAAGAAGGAUUCGGAGGUGCUGAAGCAGCUGAGGAUGGAGUUGAAGAAAGCGCAGGAGAGCCAAAAGGAGAUGAAGUUGCUGUUGGAUAUGUAUAAAUCGGCGCCAAAAGAGCAACGGGAUAAAGUGCAGCUGAUGGCGGCCGAGAGGAAAAGCAAAGCCGAGGCGGAGGAGCUGCGGGCGCGGGCGCGGGAGCUGGAGGAGAGGGAGCGUCGGGAGAGCAAGAAGUUGGCGGACGAGGAGGCGCUGCGGCGCCUGCGGCAAAGCGAGGAGCAGAUCGAGCACCUGCAGCGCAAGCUGGCUGCCACCAAGCAGGAGGAGGAGGCGCUGCUGUCGGAGAUGGACGUGACGGGUCAGGCCUUCGAGGACAUGCAGGAGCAGAACCUGCGGCUCCUCCAGCAGCUGCGCGAGAAGGACGACGCCAACUUCAAGCUGAUGUCGGAGAGGAUCAAAGCCAAUCAGAUCCACAAACUCCUCCGGGAAGAGAAGGAUGAGUUGGCCGAGCAGGUCCUCGCCCUUAAAGCCCAGGUGGACGCUCAACUCUUGGUGGUUCAGAAGUUGGAGGAGAAGGAACGUGGACUGCAGAGCAGUUUGGCCGCUGUGGAGAAGGAGUUGGCGCUGCGCUCUCAGGCGCUGGAGCUCAACAAGAGGAAGGCGGUGGAGGCGGCGCAGUUGGCGGAGGACCUGCGGGCGCAGGGCGAGCACGUGGCGGGGCGGCUGCGGGAGCUGCAGGGCUGCGCCGCCGAGAACCGCGCGGCCAAGGACAAAGAGGCCCUCAGCCUCAAGCGAGCACAGGAGGAGCUGUCGCGGCUGCGGCGCAAACUGGAGAAACAGCGCAAAGUGGAGGUCUACGCUGACGCCGAUCAGAUCCUACAGGAGGAGAUCAAAGAGUACCGCGCCCGCCUCACCUGCCCGUGCUGCAACGCCCGCAAGAAGGACGCCGUCCUCACCAAGUGCUUCCACGUCUUCUGCUUCGAGUGCGUCAAAAGCCGUUACGACACUCGACAACGCAAAUGCCCCAAAUGCAACGCGGCCUUCGGCGCUCACGACUUCCACCGCGUCUACAUCAGCUGAAAAGGGCCACGGCCACCGCUCCCCACCCAGAGUCCUUCUUCCAGGACCACCCGUCAUCCUCUUCCACCACCGUAUGAUCCUCUUUGACCACCCGGAGGUCUUCUAGUUGGGUUAAAAGAACCUCGAGUUGGGUUGGAGGACCUCAAGGUUGGGUUGGAGGACCUCAAGGUGCAUUGGAGGACCUCAAAGUUGGGUUGGAGGACCUCAAGUUGGGUUGGAGAACCUCAAGGUUGGGUCGGAGGACCUCAAGGUUGAGUUGGAGGACCUCAAGGUGCAUUGGAGGACCUCAGAGUUGGGUUGGAGGACCUCAAAGUUGGGUUGGAGGACCUCAAAGUUGGGUUGGAGGACCUC